UCUUCCUCUCCCGACCCAAUGCGCCGCCUCUCCUCCACCUCGCGACCUCUCCUCUCGUUCAUGGCCUCUGCUCCGCCUCGCCAUUCCUGGCCGCCACCAGCGCUUCCACGACGAGCUUUGCCACUCAUGGCGGCUCCCAGUCUAGCCGCCCAUCGUGUUUCCCGCGAUAGAUUAUUUCCUCAUGGAUCUCGGGGCAUGGCCAGCACCAGCGGAUUCAAAGCUGAUGAGUCUGCUAAACCAGACACGCGAUCGCUCAUCUCUUCUACCAAGGAUCACUCUGCCAUCAGCCAAGCCAUGAAAGACGCGGAGACGAGUGGCACAACCUUGGAGGUUACAGAUCCUAUAGCCGGCAAACAUGACGCAUUUGCGAAAACUGUGGACAUCUCUGGUCGUGAGGAAAACGGAAGGACUUCAACCAACAAGGAUACAAAGAGGGUAUCGGUAGCAAGAGAUGGCCAAGAAGAUGAUGUAUUCCGCAUUGGAAUGUUUCCAAAAAGCACACACCGUGAUGGUUCGAUAUACAGGGCCAAUCAUUCGUGGAAAAGGGAAUAUAAUGUUACAAACCGUAACGAGAGUAAGUGA